UCCCUUAAUGCUUUGCGGGCUGGGGGAGUGCUGUGGUGGUGAAAGGAAGUCGCUUGAGGAAAAUGGCGGCGGUUCUGGAGUGAGUCGCUUGCGACGUCGGAGAGCAUUUACAGUUUAGGAAUAAUCACGGAUUGUUGCUGGGAUGCCAAGGUCCUGGGAUUCUUGAGGAAAUGGUGCUUCUGAUGGUUCAGUUGACUUCACUGGAAGAGCGCAAGAUGGCUGGGGAAACUGUUGAAAAAAGAGAGCGAGAUUCUUCACCGGUGAAAGAAGAGCGGAGACGCUCACGUUCAGCAGACCGGGAACGUGACCGAGAGCGUGAUAGGAAAAGCUCCCCCAGUGCGAAGGACAGAAAACGGCAUCGCUCCCGUGAAAGGAGGAGAGGCAGUCGGUCAAGAUCCCGAUCUAGGUCAAAGUCAGCUGAGAGAGAACGACGGUAUAAGGAGAGGGAGCGUGACAAAGAGCGGGAGCGCAGCAAGAAGGACCGGGAUCGUGAGAAAGAUGGACACCGAAGGGACAAGGACCGUAAACGAUCCAGGAGCACAUCUCCAGGUCGGAACAAAGACUCUAAAUCCAGGAAGGACAGAGACUCUCGCAGAGAUGAAGAGGAUGAAUCAUUGUCCAAGAAGGAAAAGGCCCAGCCACUUUCUUUGGAGGAACUCCUAGCCAAAAAGAAAGCUGAAGAAGAGGCUGAAGCCAAGCCCAAGUUUCUUUCCAAGGCAGAACGAGAGGCUGAGGCCUUAAAGCGCCGGCAGCAGGAAGUUGAGGAGAGACAGCGGCUGCUGGAAGAUGAGAGGAAAAAGAGAAAGCAGUUCCAAGAGAUGGGGAGGAAGAUGCUGGAGGAUCCUCAAGAGAGGGAGAGGCGUGAGCGGCGUGAGCGCAUGGAGCGAGAAACCAAUGGCAAUGAAGAUGAGGAAGGCCGGCAGAAAAUUCGAGAGGAGAAAGACAAGAGCAAGGAACUGCAUGCCAUUAAGGAGCGGUACUUGGGUGGUGUCAAAAAGCGGAGGCGCACUCGGCAUCUGAAUGACCGCAAAUUUGUCUUUGAAUGGGAUGCAUCAGAAGACACUUCCAUUGACUACAAUCCCCUGUACAAGGAACGACAUCAGGUUCAGCUUUUGGGACGUGGCUUUAUUGCUGGUAUUGACUUGAAACAGCAGAAGAGGGAGCAGUCUCGUUUCUAUGGAGACUUGAUGGAAAAACGGCGCACAUUAGAGGAGAAGGAGCAAGAGGAGGCACGCCUGCGGAAGCUGCGUAAAAAGGAAGCCAAGCAGCGCUGGGAUGAUAGGCACUGGUCUCAAAAGAAACUGGAUGAGAUGACAGACAGGGAUUGGCGUAUCUUCCGAGAGGAUUACAGCAUCACCACCAAGGGAGGCAAAAUCCCCAACCCUAUUCGUUCCUGGAAAGACUCCUCCCUGCCUCCUCACAUCUUGGAAGUUAUUGACAAGUGUGGCUACAAGGAACCUACACCUAUCCAGCGUCAAGCCAUCCCUAUUGGUCUGCAGAACCGUGACAUUAUUGGUGUGGCAGAAACUGGCAGUGGUAAAACUGCUGCCUUCCUUAUCCCACUGCUGGUGUGGAUCACCACCUUGCCCAAGAUUGACAGGAUUGAAGAGUCUGACCAAGGCCCCUAUGCUAUCAUUCUGGCCCCUACCCGUGAGUUGGCCCAGCAGAUUGAGGAAGAGACCAUUAAGUUUGGAAAGCCCUUGGGCAUUCGCACAGUGGCUGUUAUUGGUGGUAUUUCCCGUGAGGACCAGGGCUUCCGCCUGCGCAUGGGUUGUGAGAUUGUGAUUGCUACCCCUGGACGUUUAAUUGAUGUUUUGGAGAACCGUUACCUAGUGCUGAGUCGCUGCACAUAUGUGGUAUUGGAUGAGGCUGAUCGCAUGAUUGACAUGGGCUUUGAGCCUGAUGUACAGAAGAUUCUGGAGCACAUGCCUGUCACUAACCAGAAACCAGAUACUGAUGAGGCUGAGGACCCUGAUAAAAUGAUGGCCAACUUUGAGUCGGGCAAGCACAAAUACCGACAGACGGUGAUGUUCACAGCCACUAUGCCACCUGCUGUGGAGCGUCUGGCCCGUAGCUAUCUGCGCCGGCCAGCUGUAGUUUACAUUGGUUCAGCUGGCAAGCCCCAUGAGCGUGUUGAGCAGAAGGUCUUCCUCAUGUCUGAGUCAGAGAAGAGAAAGAAACUGUUGGCUAUUUUGGAGCAGGGCUUUGAUCCACCAAUUAUUAUCUUCGUCAACCAGAAAAAAGGCUGUGAUGUGCUGGCGAAAUCCCUGGAGAAGAUGGGGUAUAAUGCCUGCACUCUUCAUGGUGGCAAAGGACAGGAACAGCGAGAAUUUGCACUCUCUAACUUGAAGGCUGGUGCCAAGGACAUUCUGGUAGCUACAGAUGUCGCUGGACGCGGUAUUGAUAUCCAGGAUGUCUCCAUGGUGGUAAACUACGAUAUGGCAAAGAAUAUAGAAGAUUACAUCCACCGCAUUGGCCGAACUGGACGAGCGGGCAAAAGUGGUGUGGCCAUUUCUUUUGUCACCAAAGAGGACUCUGCUGUCUUCUAUGACCUUAAGCAGGCUAUCCUUGAGAGUCCAGUGUCAUCAUGCCCACCAGAGCUGGCCAACCACCCUGAUGCCCAACACAAGCCAGGAACGAUCCUUACUAAGAAGCGUCGAGAAGAGACUAUCUUUGCCUGAGUCCCAUGGAGGAGCUGCUUAAAGACACCCCUCUGACUGGCCAGCGGCCUCCCUCUUUCCUUGCCUGGUGCCCAGCCAAGACUUGGGAGAGUGAAGAACCUUCAGGUGUGAGGUGGCUCCCCCAGUCACAGGCACUUAGUCCUUAAAGAAGGCAGUGCGUUUUUCUUUCCUUUUUUCCCAUUCAAAUGUAGAUGCACCUCCUCUUUCUGUUGAUAUUGAGCCCCUUCACAGAAUUUAGGACCAAACAAUGGAGACUUCAGUCCAAAGCAGAUAAACAAUCAUAUUGGGAAUCCUGAUCUAGAGAAAUCUCCAAAUUUUGUUUUUAUUGGAGCCAGUGUUUGUUCAUCACCAGAGAAAACUAUUUAUGCUUUUGUUGAGAGGCUGGGCUAGGCUAGGCUAAGUGGACCAGCUUUAUUGAUUUAUGAUGCCGGGUGGGUUAAAUUCCCUUUUACCAUGGUUUUAGAAGUUUCAUCUUUGAUGUGUGUCCCUCAUCCUUUACUCCAUGAUCAGGCAAGAAUGGGGCAUGGCCAUCUGCAGUUGGAGUGCUGCAGUCUUGGUGGAUGAUGUACAGAAAGACUGAUCUUAUUUUCAGUGAUUUUUUUUUUUUUGUGCUACUAUAAAUCCAUGUGAAAUGUU